UAGCUGCUGCAUGGCACUUUUAAGGUGUGGUCAUCCUGGCGUCCGGUAGGGGGCGCUGACGUCACACGUUUAGCUCGACGAGCAGCGAAGAAGAAGAAGAGGCGGUCAGCUGACUGAAGCUAGCAGAAGUGUGUCAUCUACAGGAGAAAAAACAAUGAUUAUAUGAAAAAAAGGAGGAUCGUCAAGCAGAUUUUAGGAUUUUAUAUAGUUGUUACCGCCUCUCUGUGUAAAAUAAAGGUGUUGCAGUAUGAAAGGUUUGUACUGCCGAGCCGGUGAUGCUGAGCCCAAGUUCGUGAUCCAGGAAACGAAUCUUCCAGAGGUUUUAAGCAGCAAUCUUGUCAGAGUUCAGGUGAAGGCGUGUGGACUCAGCCCGCUGGACCUCAAGUUACUUGCUGACGUGGGGAUCCAGAGAGAUUUAAUCCCUGUUGGCAGAGAGGUGGCCGGGGUCGUCCAGCAAGUGGGCAACAAGGUCUCCUUCUUCCAGCCAGAGGACGAGGUUGUAGGUAUUCUGCCUCUGGACUCUCCCUGCUCUGGACUCUGUGAUGUCAUCGACAUAGACGAACAUUAUUUAGUUCAGAAGCCGGAGAAGCUCAGCUCGGUGUGUGUGGCGGCAGCGCUGCGUGACGGCCUCUGUGCUUACACCGCUCUGCACACACACGCUCGCAUGGCAGCCGGACACACACUCCUGGUCACGGAUGGAGCCAGUUCUUUUGGCCUCAUGUGCAUCCAGUUGGCGUGUUAUCACGGUGUGAAGGUUCUGACGACGUCACACUCGCCACAAAAACACACGUUCCUGGAGCAGCUUCGGCCCAGCGUAGGAGUUCAGGAUCCUUUAGUGGCUAAAGUUAUUCCAGUGUACGACGGCUCACCGGACCUGCUGUCGGUGGUUCUGGAGGAGACGGGAGGACUGGGAGUGGAUAUAGUCAUAGACUCUGGAGUGCGUCUGCAUGAGGAGGCGUCAGAGGAGGCAAAGCUCCUCCCACACAAACAUGACAUCAUCAGUGUGCUGGGAGUGGGGGGGCACUGGGUCACAUCCCACAAAGACCUGCAGUUGGAUCCUCCAGAUUGCAGAUUACUUCACUUAAAAUCAGCCUCUCUGACAUUUCUCAACCCUGAAGUGUGGACAGCUUCAUCAUCGCAGCAGGGCAGAUACCUCCAUAUUCUGAAGGACAUCGUGGACAAGAUGUCAACUGGAGUCCUCAGACCUCAGCCUGAGGAGGCCGUCCCUCUGUACGAAGCCACGGUCGCCAUGGAGACCGUCCAGCGACACCAGAAGACGAAGGCGGUCGUUCAGCUCUGACCAAAAUACUCCAACAUUAACGAGAACGCACUCAUUAACACCUCCAGCUAACAUAAGCAGAGUGACCUGCGUGACUUGAAGCUGCAGGAAGAAUCUGUUUCUGAUGGACGAGUCACUGCGUUUAUUUAAAAAAUACAGACACCUUUGACCACAUUCAGACAGUCUUUACAUUUCACAGCUCACUUCUAAAUGAGUAAGGUUUCAUAUGGCUAAAACCAUCAGAGCCUGUGGAGUUGUGGAGUUUUUUUUUUUACCUGAUGUUUCCUUGAUAACCCACAAGGCUUCAUUUCAUUUUCUAAAAAAAAAACACAGCAGUGUUAAAUGUUACGUUUUCGCAUCAAAUUACAAUCUAAACAAGAACUGGAAUCAUGUUGUUGUGACAAAAGCUGUGUAAUGUUUCAGUUUUUGUCUCUGUAAUCAGAAAAUAAAUCAGACAACACGA